CAGACACAAACUUCCUCCUCUGGAUCGGACGUCUCCUGUGCGUUCAUUGAUGUGCAAGGGCCUUCAACAAGUGUGAGGAUAGAGAGGUGAACCACAGGAGCGAUGGGAAGAAAGAAAAUACAAAUUUCUCGCAUUCUGGACCAGAGAAACCGACAGGUGACCUUCACCAAGCGCAAGUUCGGCCUGAUGAAAAAGGCGUACGAGCUGAGCGUGCUGUGCGACUGCGAGAUCGCCCUCAUCAUCUUCAACAGCACCGACCGCCUCUUCCAGUACGCCAGCACCGACAUGGACAAAGUGCUGCUCAAGUACACAGAGUACAGCGAGCCACACGAGAGCCGCACCAACACCGACAUACUGGAGACUCUGAGGAGGAAAGGCCUCGAUCUGGAUGCCUCGGAGCUCGAAGGCGAGGAGAGCAUGCAGGUGACCGGCCACAAAUAUCAAUAUGGCGACAGCGUGGACCUGUCUGCGGGUCGCCAGCGCCUUUAUGCUCCGCCCCUGCGCUCCCCGGAAGCCCAGUUCCUGGUGUCGGAGAGCAGCUUCCCUGUCUCAUCCGGACCCGGCCUGGUCCCCCACAGACCCCCGGCCUUUAAAUGUGCCAGCCCGGCUCCACCAGCAGCUCACGCCUCCUUCAUGCCUCCACACUCAGGUAUCGGCUACUCCGUCUUCUCCCACGUGAGCCGAGGGCUCGACCCCAAGACCCCGCCUCCAGCAUCCCCUCUGACCCUACCGGGAGACGGAGCCAACCAGGGCUCAGGAGCCGGCCCGAAUCCCGCCGUGAGCAGGGGUGUCUUGUACCAGACGGGCCUGCAUGGCGCCAUGGGCAAGGCUGGGCUGCUGGGCCACACUCUGGCUGGUUACAGCCUCACCUCCCCUGGAGCUUCUGAGUACAGCCAACCAGGUUUCCAUCACUCUGUGAGUCUGCAGCGAGGCGCAGUGAAUUCCUGGUACUCAAUGCAGCCUGCACACCAACUCCACGGGCCUCACAUAAAUCAAGGGAUGUCCACCGGGGUGUGCCCUUUCCCCUCUACCUUGACGCAUGCGCCCUGCCUCGGCGUGCACGUCAAAUCCGAACGCAGCUCUCCUGAGCAGCACAUGGCCUCUCCCACCUCCUCCCCCGUACUCUGCCUCGGGCGGGACCAGUCGCCCGCCAGCAGGCCCGGCUCGACCCGCCACAGCCCCCCGGGACCCGGCUCCGAGUCUUACGUGCACGACCGAGAGGAUGGCGGGAUGCCCGAGCAGUCGAACGCGUGUGAGGGAUGGCAGAGAUAGCUACGCACUCAGUGGACGCUUCGUUAGCUACACGCGCACAAUCUCAUGACAUUCAAAACAAGAACCGGAUCGAAAACUAAAGCAACUGUAACUCGAAGCGCAUGGUAGGAGAUGACGGCAAUGUGUCCAACAGAGAACAUGCAGAAUUCUGUCAAUGACAUUCUUAAAAUUAGAUUUACAAAAAUACACAUGGAAAUUAAAUAAAUACAACUAAUGUCAUGAACGGAACAGAGGAUAGGACCCACAAAUGCACGACUCCAAAACAAAUGGACAGUUUCAAAAAGAGAGGUUGAAUAUACGGGCAGAGGUCGGUACACAGGCAGGCAAUACAAAAAAAGGGGCAACAGUAUCCAAAAAGGCGAGGUCGAGAAUCGGAACAGGGUCUAGUCUUACUGUGAGUCUGUGACGUGGAAACAAGGGAUGCUGGAACGCGACGAACUGGCGACUAGAAAGUAUGAGACACGAGGUUAAAUGCAAGGGGUAAUCAGGGUGAACGAGGCACAGGUGGUGAAGAUGCUCUCAGGAGCAGAUGUGUACGAGACGGGGGGCGGGGGGCGGGGGGACAAAAACCGGAACACACACCCAUGACAAAUACAUUAGUGAAGACAAUUUAAAGGGGAUUUUAAAAAACAAUUGACAGUUAAAAUUAGGCAUGGAAAGUUGAUCAUUAUAUUAUUAAAAAUUCAUAAAUGCAAUUAUGAUUUUUGUGAAUAAUAAUUAAAUUGAAAAAUAAUAAUUAAAAACAAAGAUGUAAAACAAAUUUGAAUAAAAAGUUCAGUAACAAAUUUCAAAUAUGAAACAUAGGCAUUAUAAAUAAAUACAAUUGAAAUAAGAAAUAGUAGAAAUCCUAAAAUAAAAAUGACAAAUUUAAAAAUUAUUACAUUACAAGUGACCUAAAUUAAUAAAUAAAUACAAUUAAAGGGGAUUAUUCAAAAAAAGUAAAUUAAAUAAAUUACAAGUACCGUAAUAUUUUAAAAUAAAUACCUAAAAAAUAUCAUACAUGAAUUGAUAUACAGGAAAGUCUUUUAAAAGUACAUUUAAUAUAAAAAGUAAAAAUAAAGAAAUGAAUAAUUAUAAAUCCAGUUGAAUGAGAUAUUACGAAAAGACAAGGGAAGAAAUGAAAAAUAUAUACAAUAAGUACAAUUGAAAGGGGAUGUUUAAAUGAUUGUAGUAGUUAAAAAAUAAUAAUUAGCAAUAAAAACAAGAGGACUAAAUUAAUACAUAUAAUUGAAAAGGAAAUGAAUGAAAGAAUGGAAAAACAUUUCAAAUUGCAAAGUGAUUUUAGUAUGAAAGUGUCCAUUUCAUUUUAAAAAAACACCUUGGUUUUGUCAUACAAGUGUCCAGAAAAGGCCCCUGAGACCGCUUCUUCUGUUUGACCCAGUUUUGUAUCCGCUUUGUCCAUAUUUGGCUAAGACUCCCCCUUUUCUCUGAUUGGUUGCCUCGGUGUAGAAGGCCCACUUGAGAGAGCAUGUGUUUGUUAUGUUGACAGCGCUGUCUCGGGAGCGGAAAGGGAAGGCAGAGAUCUUCGCUAGCGUAAAGUCGAGUACUUCAAAUGCCUCUCGGCAGAAAAACGUCUGGAACUCAGGAAUACGUAGGCGAUUUUAAUUCAUAUUUCCCGUUGACUGAGGCACCACAGAGCCAAUAUUACAUCCCAAAUACUAGAAAAAGUUGGUUUGGCAAAAUAUGUCCCCUUUAAAUUAAUACCUCAUUGAAAUUAUCCUUAUUCUCUUCGUAAAAGGGCUCAUUUCCUACGACACAACUCUUGUAUUGGAUGCCAUUGGAUUGCCCGUGUGUAUCUAAUGAAUUGUCCCGUCUCCUCAGUCAGAGCUGGUCUCUGCUGGGUGAUGGACACUUUUCUUGUUUUGUUUUUUUCCCCCUCACAUCACUUGAUUGUUCCCAUUAAAAACACAGAUUUUUUUCUUCUGCUUUGA